GACACAGGAGGAAGGGACGAGAACUCGCGAUCGGAAAUUGGCGAUAUUUUGAAAAUACGAGCGGGAUCGACUUUCCUCUUCUGGCAACCUGGGCUGGGACCAAUUAACAAGAGCCAGGCGGGAAAUCCAAACUAAUUGGCGGGAAAGCUGAACAGGGUUCCAAAGUAUGUACUCAAGCAGCCAGUUCGACGCCACCUCCGCCUUCUCCGGCGGCGGAUUCAUGCCCUCUCAGCCUUCUCAGUUCGCUAAUUCAACUCCAUCUCCUGCAAGAAGUCGUGAGACGCAGGGGUUGAUAUCCGUGACAGUGAAGCAGAUAAGUGAAGCUUCUCAAUCUGGUGAUGAGAAAUCCAAUUUCGUAAUUGAAGGUGUUGAUGUUACCAAUGUUACGGUGGUUGGCAUGGUAUUUAACAAAAAUGUAAGGACCUCGGAUGUUCGUUUCCACCUUGAUGAUGGAACAGGCCGAGUUGAAUGUAUAAGAUGGGUAACCGAAAAUCUUGACACAAGAGAAAUGGAUGCAUUAGAAGAUGGAACCUAUGUUCGUGUCAAUGGACACUUGCAAAGUUUUCAAGGCAAGAAGCAAUUAAGUGCCUUUUCUGUGAGGCCAGUGACAAAUUUUGAUGAAGUUACUUGCCACUUUAUUGAGUGCAUACAUUUCCAUCUUCAUUCCAAACUACAGUCACAGGGUGGUGCUUUGUCCCAGCCACAGAUGGAUUCAUCAUUGAGCACUCCUGUGCGGGGUGCAUCAACUGGAAUUCAGCCAGCUUUGGUGAACGAUUUCUCUGUGCAACAUAGUGCUGAUGGACUCAAGGGUUUUGAUAAAAUGGUCCUGAACUAUCUGCAGCAACCUUCAAACAUUGAUCGAGAAAUGGGGGUACAUGUAGAAGAACUUUCCCAACAGUUGAAAGCUCCCAUAGAGAAGAUCAAGGAUGCUAUCGAUGUCCUUGAAAAGGAAGGUUUGGUGUACUCCUCCAUUGAUGAUUAUCACUACAAGGCUGUGGAAGGUUGCUAAGUUUCGGAGUGGCGUUUUGCUUGGAAUUUGGGUGUUAGGAUCUCUAAUGACUGAUGAACUAUGCUGUUAGUGAUAAUUUUUCCCUCGAUGUCCUUGAUAGAGCAUGUAGAUAUCUGUUGGAUGCUUCUAUCUAGGGCCACUUUUGAAAUGUGACAUGUAGCAUAUUGAACUAUAGGUGCUACCUUUUUGAUUUUCUAUUCAUAAUUUAGGUGGUACCAAUUUUCAGUAUGUUCUGAAAAGAUCUAGUGUCAUGUUAAACAACCUUCUGUUUGUGAUGGAUUUUAUUAUUUAUCUAAUGGAAUUAGCAGUAAGGGAUUAUUGAAUAAAAGUGAUUUGGAUGAAAA